CAGCAACAGCAGCGGCGGCAGUGGCAGCAACAAUUGUUGGCGCUCAGUGGGAGCGUAUUGCUUGUAUAUAUUUUGAGGCGCUGCGGUCGCCGCACACGACAGUUGUGCUUGAAACGCUUCGUAGUGAAGAUCGUGCUCGAUCGACGCGCGGAACAAAAAAAAAAUAUAAGAAAGAAAAAUACAAAACAAAAAUUUACACAAAUACAAACCAACAAUUUGUAAGCGUAAAAAUCUGUACAAAUUGGAACAUACAUGUGGAAAACUCGAAAAAGAAAUUUUUUUUUAGAAAUUUUUGUUCAACAAUUCAACUAUAUCGACGACGAGCUUCGCGCGUAAAUUAGCAAGCGUUUUGCAAGAAACAAGCCUCAAACACUUAAGUAGAAAGAAACAAAUUUAAAAAAUUGGUAAAAUAACAAGAAGAAGAGGAAGAAACAGAAGAAAGCAAAUGUGGAACGUGUAAACCAAGUGAAAUUUUUGUGUGUGAGCCCAAAGCCAAAAUAAAAAAAGGCAAAAAAUAUACAAAAACAAAUAAAAAGCGAAAAAGUGGCACUUAAAACUGUAAAGUGAUGUGCGUGCCACAAGCACAGCAACUAGUACAAAAACUAAAACAAAAACAAAAACCAAAACAACAACAACUGAAUCACAAACAGUUAAUAGAGCAGGCGUUAGUCGCAUAAAGAGAUGGCCAUUGAUUUUCUCAUCUUGGCCCUGCUGCUCAUCUCGUUCAUCAUCAAUCUGCUGGCGCUGUGCGCAUUCUGGAUAACGCCGGGACUGCGCACCACAGCGAAUCGCUUCACCAUCAAUCUGCUGAUCAUCAAUCUAAUUGGCUGCUGCAUUUUAGCACCCACGCUAUUUUUGAGCGGCUUUAAGAGUUUGUCCACGUCGCAUGAGCAACAAUUGAGCAGUGUUAACGCUGCCGGCGAUAGCAUUGAAUUCUAUUCAAAACCGGGAAAUCAUCAGUUAACAAUACGCCAUCAUGGCCAGCUUGUGGAGCAGGAUGGCAUUGUGGUGCGACGUAAUAGCACCAGCAACAGCUCGGGUGAUACCAUUGAGAUGAUCUACAAAUGCAAUGCCACAUAUUGUCGCGAACUAACCAUCGAUGAGCGUGGCGAUGGCGGCAUUAUCAUUACGGAAACGGAAACACAGGAGGAUAAUUUAAGUGUGCCCGUUCGUACACAUGGCAUACAGUUGCCGGCGGUGCAGCUGCGCUGUUGGUCAAUUGAUAUGGCUGCAGCGUUGGGUGCGCUGGCUGUGCUCCUUGUCGUUGGGGAUACCUGGUGUGCCGUUACGGAUCCGUUGCGCUAUCACAGUCGCAUUUCGGGCGUUAAAACGUGGAUAUUCAUUACGCUCACCUGGACGGUGGGUAUUCUUUUUGGCGCUCUAUCUGCGUUUCGUGUGCUCGACUUUGAGGCCGACACGCUUCUCAGCAGACAAAGGCGUCUGGCAGCCACCUACUUCAACAUCAGCAGCACUAAUAGCAUAUUCGGUGUGAUCUUCGCGUGUGUGUAUUUCAUUGUGAUUAUAUUGCUGCCGUUUGGCUUCGUUUGUGGCAUGUAUUGGCGCAUAUUCAGCGAGGCGCGUGGCAACGGAUUACGCAUGCGACAGAACGGCUCCUCCCCGCUGCUGCAGAGCGCCCUAAAUCUAACCAAUCAGGCGCCAGCAACCCCCGCUGCUAAUUACACAAACAGCUUGUGCGUUCACCGACAUUCCAUUUCCUCGGCCAGCUCACAUGGUGGCGGCAUCGCUGUCAGCGGUGGAUUGCAAAUGCAGAUUGAUCGGCGCAGUUCCCCAAACUGCUUGCGUCGCGAUUCUGCCGCCAAGGUAUUGCUGCCUACCAUCUCCGAUGAUGGCUCCGAUGUGGAUGUGGAGUGCGGCAAUCAGCUGAUGAGUGUGCCGGAGCAAACGAUUGCCGAUCGCAAUCAGAAUAUAUUGCUAACGCUGCAGACGGCCAGUGGAGAGAUUAAGCGCAACUAUUCGGCCAGGCAGCUGCCACUUCUGGGCACCUCGUCGCAGGAUCUGCGCGAAUUGAAUCGCCUGCAAGGCAUAAGGCAGGUGCAUAGCUCACCGAAUCUGCAAAAGCAUACGGAGGUGAUCGAGGAGUGCAACUCGCCGCAUUUGCUGCAUGCACAGCGACAACAGCAUCAGCAACAAUUGCAGCAGCUCUCCCAGCAACAGUUGCCGGUACAACAGCAGCAGCAACAGUUGCCGCCUCAGCUGCACACACACUUCAGCUCGGGGCAGCAGCAUGCUCUACAAAUUCCCGCCAUACACGCCUCGCCAAAGGCUCUAAGCUAUAUGAGCUCGUUGCGACAUCGCUUGAGCAAUGCCAGCUCGUUAUUCAAAUAUCGCGAGGAGUCACGUGCGGCAAGGAUUAGCAUUUUAGUGGUGGUUAUGUUCGUUGUAUCCUAUCUGCCAUAUGGCUUGCUGGUGCUGCUGCAGUCUCGUCUGUCCGCUGCCAACUUUAGCGGCUCCACGCAGCUGGCUGUCUUCAUGAUCCUGCUGGCCAAUCUCAGCUCACCGUUCAUCUUUGCCUAUCGCAACAAACGUGUGCGGCGAGGCGUCAAGCGGCUGUUUGGUCUGAAUGUGGCCAGUGCACUGCAGCGUCAUCACAGCAGCAGCGUGAAAAUGAAUGGUGGUUCGGUUGGUGGUGGUGCUGCUGGUGCUACCACCUGCGCUGCUCAACUGCAGCGGAACAGCAGCAAAUUGUCGCAGUACAGCAGCAACAGUUGCCGCUAUCUGACGCCGCAGAGCUCGCUAACGACGACAACACCGGUGCAUGCAACGCUGACGCUGCGACCCAACAGCAGCUGCAGCACCAUCAUCAAUUUUGGUGCUACACACAAAAGCUCCGCCGACUCGGAUGACGCGAUAGAAGCAACGCCGCCACCGCCACCGCCACUGCCGCAACGUCCAGCGCGGCCCAAGUUGCAGCGUGGCAUUACAAUUGUGGAGCACAUUCAUAUUCCCAGCUCGCCGCCCAAAUUUCAGGCGAGACGAGGCCUGUUCGAUAUGUUCUUUCGCAGCUCAAAGAAGUUGCAAUCCAGCUGCGGACAAGCAUCGCCCACGGAGGUCUAAGAAACACUAACUCACUAAGUAAACUAACUAAAUGUUGAUUGCUUGCUGAAGAAUUCGCAGAACAGUAUUCGUAAUUCGUAAGUUUAAAUAACUAAGCCAAAAAAAAAAAACAAACAAAAAAUAAAAAACAGAAAACCAGAAAUUAAUUUAAAAAAAUGCUGUGCUAGAAGCUUCUCAUGCCAAAAACUACAAAUUCACAAUAUACAUAUAGAAUAUGUCUGUACAUGUCGCUGUAAAAUGCACAGGCAUAAAAAAAAAUAACAAAGUACCUUGUAAAACAUCUGUCCGGCUAGACAACAAAAAAAAGAGUAUAACUUUAAGCCAAAAUACAAAAACAAAAUAUUAAAUAACAAGAUCAACUGUAUGCAAGUCGCAAAAAAUUGAUAAAAAAAAAAGUAAACAGCUUAAUUGUUAAAUACAUAUAUCAAGAAACUGUAAACGGGAACCAAGCAGCCAAUUUCAAGUACCUAAUAAAACCAGCUAAAUAUAUGAAUAUACUAUUUAAACAGCUACAUGUAUUAAGUCAAUUGCUUAAGACUCUCAAAACUCACACAAACGACACUUAUUUAUUUAUUAUUAUUUAAUUUGGUAAAUAUUUAUCAAUCAAACACAACAAGCUUUAAAAAAAAACAUAAAAAACAAAACAAGAAAAAACAUUCUGUCUAAAACCCAACGCUAAGCAUUCAAUUUAUAAGUUUUAU